GGAGCUUUUACAAUGAAGGAUGUUACUGCAGCAGAGAGUGCCGAAUAGAGGGACCACGACAGAGUUGCGAGUGACCUUUUACAUUGUCUUUCAACGUUAAGCAACAGUGUACUUUAUUCUUCGUUCUAUUGUUUCAUCACGCUGUUCCUUGUAUUCUUUUGCAUCACAAUGUGAUAGAAAGAAAAUGGGUCAAUCAGAUGGUCCUCCAGGAGGGGUCCAAGUGCAGCAACGUGGCAUCGGCGCAGCCGAACUACAGGCUGCUAGGACGACUUGGUAUGAAGGUGAGAAUUAAGGCCUCGCUUAAUCCAUCUUUUGCCGCAUGUGUAAGCUGUUUUCAAGAAGAAAAACGGAAGCAGAUACGGGAAAAGAUGGAUUUGUAGUGAGCUCUAAGAGAGCGACUACUUUGACGAAAGAGAUGCAGCUGCCGCACUCUUCGACAACGUAGUUGCCGCAUUGCAGCAACUGCCUCUGGAUCAAACUGGCCAGUUGACGCAAUUUAAAGACGAUGGUUCUUUCGUCUCCCCGGGUGAGUUUCCGGCGCACGCGGUGUCGUGGUGGGUGGGUGGAGAUUACGGCUAUUUUGUGACAGUGAUUUUUUCUAAGUGUUGUACUAUGGCCUUGAUGACCCUACUGUUCAGCGAUUGUUUAGGGUUCGCCUCCAGUCGUGGUUGAUGAUAACACAAACUAACAGUUUUCAUGAUUUUGUGGGCAUUUCUAGCAGAAGCAGAUAAGCAUUACCAAAAAAUUGCCUUUACGUACUCUAGUCUAAGUCAAACCAGAAGACUUGAUGUCCGUUUUGGAGGGUGGUGUGAGUGCGGCAGAAUUGGACCAAUUUACCCAAGGUCCUGAAGGUUGGACACGUCUUUCUAGAUGGGAUUUUCAGCUAAACGGUGGUGCUGGUGGCUUCCUAGAUAUGGAAGUAGUUCCUGGACUGGGCCAGAGAGUCAUUGGAAGCAAAGUAGCGAAUGCAGGUCGCAUAGAUGGUCGUACAGUCAGGAUGCAGGCGAAUCUACUAACAACAAACGAUAAUGCACCGAGUUAAGCAGGCUGUGUUGUGCUUCUACUGUGCGUGAUGACAAAAGAAGUUGUAGAGUAAACAAGUGUUAGUACAGAGAUCUGGACCUUCUUUAGCCACCUGCCUCCUUGGAGUAACGCUGCUGCUCUAGUACCUCUACCUCUUGUCUAUGGCAUAAACGCUACAGAGCUACAUGAUAGAGCAUUUUCGAAGAUGUUUCAUUGAUUGCAAUGCCUUGCAUGGAUUGCCUGGUAUACGAGCCUCUAACCUUCAACUUUUUUCACGCUCCCUCCGUGGAACAGCGCUCGUUUUCCCGAGAGUUCUCAGUGGAGGAGACCAGAUUUACACCCACGCGCAGUGCAUGCAGGUGUAGGACUAGAGAGCGUCGUGUCUAAUGGCCAGAUAGUAGUAGCUGCAGGUCCACCACUCGCAUCGCAGCCACCAUUGCCACCUAAAAAUUUGGGGAAGGUGUUUCAGGGAAACUUGGCGAAUGGUUAUUUGAUCGACGCAUUGAAUGCAAUGUCUGCGAGACCGGAAUUGGUGUACAUUAUGGAGGGCUUCGAUAGUAAAAAGAAAUUGGAGUUCUUUAUAAAUCUAUUGGUGGUCUUGCAGAAGAUGAUCUGUAGUGUAGCGAGUGAAACUCUCUUUAGACAGGAAUUGGUGCUAAUCCCCACACGUUUCUUCGCGAUGACCGUGACGGAGCAGUGCUUAGUAAUGUCGCACUAGGAUUGUACCAGUUUCGUCUGUACAAACAUGCGGACUGGGUGUCAAUAGCAGUGGACGACUAUCUGCCACAGUCGAACGAUGCUGCGCCGAUGGGGUGUAGGGGUAAUUAGUUACGAGAUUAAGCAAUAUGAGAAUCGAUGACUUUUGUGUAAAGAUGUGGCAUAUCAGACACACCUUUUUUAUUCUCUCAUCAUCAGGCUAGAUAGAUUAGAUGUUUCUUCGCAACCGAAAAAACGAAUCACUGACUCCAUCUUAUUUCGCAUCAACAACAUGUCUUUUAUCACGACCGUCCACAGGAUACUAGACUAGAUUCUCACUAAACACCGUCUUCUAGUCCUCUCAUCAUCUUUAUAUCUUCAUCACGACCCUCCAGGUGAGUACUUCCCUCAUUUUGGGUGGGCUAGUCUGCUCGAAAAGGCUUACGCCAAAUUGCAUAGUAGUUGGAUGGCGACAGGUCGCGGUGGGAAUAUAGAAGAAGCACUUGAGGAUUUCACUGGUGGCAUAGGUAACAGAUUCUAUGUGAAAGAUAUCGCGCCAGACCGGUUAUACGCCUAUCUGGACUUUGCACUCCCGAGAUCAGUGCUUUUUAUGGUUGCUUUUCCUUGUUUCUGCUUUGUCUCUUGGUAAGAGAUGCUCGGAAAAUUGAAGGAUAGAAACUUUCUUCCUUGCUGUAUUGACCCUUUGAAUACAUGUUUGUAGCAACUUGCAACUAGCUAGGCGCAAAAUAACAACCCGCGUUUUAGUUAGUAUUAUAAGUAGCAUCGAAUCCGAAUCCGUCAACAAUUUCAUUGUCUUCAAAGUCACCAGUUUACAAAUCUAGCUCAAAUGGUUUACAAAUCUUCAUGGUUUACUAUCAGUGAAAAUUGAAGCAUGUUUGUCUUGUACACGAUGGAUGUCAAAUUCCACAUUCUUCCGUUGUUUUCUACUCGCAAAGAAUCCCGCGAAGUUUAGAUUCACCUGCCCUUGUCCUCUUUCAUCCUUCCAGCCAAGCUAGACGCAGAGCAGGCUGCCCGAUUGCGUCUCAAACUAGACCCAGAGUUCUCCUACACCAUCGUGCAGACCAAAUCUCUAGGACCAAGCGGUAGUGAGAAUUUCUUAAGGCUAGUUCAUCACUAUCCUAUGCAUGUCGACUAUGCUGAACCCUAAAGGUCCCCUGUAAAGUCAAGGGGAUUUUCAGGAAAGGAAAGGGAACCCACGCAGCCAGGGAUAGUAAAAAACUCCCUUCAAAUUUCGUUUGUCUCUACGUCAAUUGCCCUGACAACACCGUGUUGGCGCAGAUCACCGGGUUGCAGGACACCGAGUACCUAGCGUUGGACGGGUAUGUGUGGAUGGAGGCGUUGCUGUUUCACACGUGUUUCAAGAUUAGGGCCAAUCAAAUAUUUUUCUCAUCCUGAGUUGUUAUAGAAAUGAUUAAUGUGCAUGUAUGAGGCUGGUUCUCUGUGAAUUGGCCGCAGUGGGUCAGAAGUAAGUAUAAUUCCAAACCUAUUUUUUGGUUGUUUGAAGCUAGUUUCGUUGACCCCUCACGACCUCCUUUAAUCCUUGCAUCCACGAAUGCCGCCUCGUCAACAGUGAACUGCCCUUUGUGUGGCGACCGGCAUGGACAGGUCUAGUAGAAGCUGGUCCGGCUGCGGAGCUAACUUCUGCCGAAGUGCACAAGUUUCUGUUUCCGUCGCCGCAUAGUAUCUGUUACAUUAUGGACAGUCGUGACGAGUGUUUUCGCCUUUACCACCGCCUUCGAUACUCAAUCUCCUAUUCCAGAAUUUCGACCACGAGCUGGAGGAGAAGACUAUUACAAGAUCAGAAUACAACUGGGGAACAACUUUUAUCUUUUACUUAAUCUUCUUCUAGCAGCCCAUCAUCCUCGGAGUCGAGCCGGUGCGGGUGGGGCUCGAUGUGCACAGGAUCCAUAACCUAGAACCUAACCCACAAACAUCGUCUAAUCAAGAAAACCUGCCCAGUCCGGUGCCAGCUAUAGCAAGGCCCAGAAUGGAGGAGCAGAUAUGGUGCUUCCCAAGUGAAGUAUCAGUCGUAAACUGGCCUGUCUUCCGGAUCGAGGUUUUAGUUAAGAAGAGCCGAUCAUUAUCUCGCGUGAACUAACCUGAGUGAGAUCUCCAUCGAUCGUGAUUUCAAGAAGAAACUACGAAGGUGGAAGAAGGCAACUCCCUCAACCACGGAUAAUGAUCGCCUACUUCUAACGUGGGUGGACACGUCCCCUGCGAGCUUUACUGUAGCAUCGGACAGUCAGACAAGAGACUAGGUGGUUUCUUAGACGAUGAGGAGCCGCAUUUACCCAUCUUUUUGAAAUUUAUGUUGAGGAUAACAGGUUAACAAGGUUUUGUUGAGGAUAGAAAGCUUUGUCGUGAUCACAGUAGGUACAUUCGGUUGCUGCACAGGAGAUUGAAUCUUCUUAGUUAGUAACUGCACAGGUUUCUUCAUCUUCUAGAAUUGGUUCCCCACGCACCCCUACUUGUUGCUCCCAGCUGAACACCUUCCAGCACACAACACCUUGUUCAUUUCCCUAUUCGAGGAGAUGGGUCGUAACAAUUCCGUCUCGCGCACUGACGCAGUGGACGUUACAUUAGCCGCAGUGAGCGGCUGGGGUCAUACUAGGGACUCCACAGUGGCAGUGAAGGUGAAUCCUACGGGACAGCGGGAUCCAGAGGAAACAGCAGGCAGGAAUACAGUUCUCUAUGUCAGUGUCGCGGUUUGCGGCACUGAUGGGGCUUACGAACCAGCACAGAGACUGAUUGCUAGGUACUAAAAGUUUAUUCACUCAUCUGCUCCUUCCUUCAACUCUACUUGCAAUAAGAAACUAUUGUCGUAGAGGUUGAAUUUGAACCACCAUCGACCACGUCGAAAAACGAACCACGACCAUAGGUUUCCAAACUUUAUACAACAACUGCCAUGCGUCUAGGUCUACACGACUGUAUCUACCUACUAGAUCAUCUCCCUUCAGGUUUUAUUCUCUCGGUAGUUCUUUGCAUGUAGAGGAAAUAUCCGAGAAUGUGAAGAGACGGAGACCCCAACUCGUCGAAAUCGUAGCUGACAGGCGGUUGAGCACGAUUCCUUGGUCGUUUUCCGGAUGGACUGCGGAUAUUAGUCUUACGGGCUUAGUUUUGUCAAACAUUAAAUUUAUAAAAUCAUUUCCACAGAAGUAUAAAAGGUAGUGCUACAUUAUUUUGUUCAAGCUGACUGUGACCCUUCAAGUGACAAGAUUCCUAUGUAUACCUCCUGACCUUUUGCGCAUGCGUCAAGCUCAUUGUUGGACGCGAAGCCGAGGCAGCCUAUCCUAUCCUACCCGCUGGACGCCGAGCCUACUUAGCCAAAAUAGAAGUUCUUCUAAUCCUCCCAGACCAUUUGACGAAAUGGAAGGACAAGGUAGGCAGUUGAGGCAUCCUGCAUUCGAGUGUGAGAUGUGGCAAGAUGCAACGAUUCUCAAAAUUAUGGUCAGCUUUGAUCCAUCUUUGUUCUCAGCCUCAUCUCUUUGGUACUAGCCUUUUGUUGUGAAUACACACAAUUAGCAAUUAUACCUCGCGUUAGGCACCACAUCGUCGGCAUCAUUGUUCCUCUAACAAAAGAAAGGCUGCAGAAGAUCCAAGAUUGAAGAGGGAAAGAACUCUCUUUGGAGGCGGGAAGAAAUAACUAGGAGGUCGAUGAUCACGAAUUAGUAGGGUUCCGUUGAUACCGGACAGAUAGUGCUGAAAAGCUGACGUGAAACCAAGGGAUUUUUUUCAACCGAGCACGAUUUUUCGUGCCUACCUUUAGGCGAUCUAUUACACUCAGGGGUAAGGUGUAAAGAUUCGCAAGAUGAGGGUAAGGUGCAAAGAUUCGCAAGACGAAUGUGAAUAAGCAGAGCCCUCUGACUCUAUGCAACAGUUUCAAGCUACGAAAUUCGAAAUUCACUCAUCCAUUUUGAUACAUCUUCAAAGCAGCUCCUACUACAGAUCUAUGAUACAAUUAAAAAGUAAGAACAGCUAUGUACUUGUGAUAAUUAGAAACCAACUUCAAUAAUAUCAAAAUUAAGUCCUACGUUUGUUUGAAGAGUAUUUUUUGAGUGCGAACAACGGUCAAUUGUUUGAUGAAACAGAGUAUUUUUUGAUUGCGAAAAACGUUUAAAAAAGUCCACUUUCGAUCCAUUGAUAAGCAGUGUUUCUUAAUCGAGUACGAACAAUCAAAGUCUGUGUACAAGUGAAUAAGUACUGAAAACAAACAUCCGUCUACCUAUUCUUGAACAGGAGAACAAAUCUAAAUAUAUAAGAUAGAGAAGAAAUUCUCGUCGUCCUUAAGGAAAAUCAAUAAACAGUAUUUUUUGAGUGCGAACAACGGUUAAUUGUUUGAUGAAACAGAGUAUUGAAAACCAAGAUCCUGGUAAGAUCGGGUACUCAUGUUCUUGUUCGUGUUCCGACCCUGCCGUCAAAGCGAUGAGUAGAUCACGUUCAUAGUAUUAAUUAAGAGCCCGGCGGCAGGGUCUAUAAAAGGGCGGGUAAAAAUGCCGCACUUACUAGAUAUGUAACGGAAAACGAUGAGGAAUAAAGAGAAUUCAUCCGAUGAAACUGGAACGAGAAAAAGCGGUCCUCAAGCGCUGGCUCUAUCCGGGUAUAUUUUCGACGCUCAAUCGGUCGAUGGUGGAUUGGCAAGUGCGGGCGGCCACGCGGAAAGUAGCAAUAGUACUUAGUAGCGCAGCAAUUAUGAUCCCGUUGCGGUCACGAAUGAGACCGACCCAUCUUCACUUCCACAGGGAGUUUUCCGCGGAAGCGAAUGGUUGCGUGGUUGUGUCGUGCUCAUGCUUGAAUCCCGUAGGCCGUCUAGGCGUUUCAAUAGUAUUGAACUGCAUAUGUAAGUAUUUAUAUUUCAUGACUUUGAUUUAACACGCGAGUAAUUGAAGACUAAGGGCUGAAAAUGAAAGAAGAAGUGGAAGUAGCGUAAACACAGGAAGACAAGUUUCGCAGCAAGGUAAGAUGAAAAUGGCAGGCAGGUAAGGGCAUUGUUGGAGUUCCGUGAAUAAAAAAAGAAAGGUACAGAUAUCGAAAGCAACAAGCUCGAAAGUCUGAAAAUAUAUAAUCGCCGCCUGCCUUGAGUAACAUGCGAAGUGACGGCUCUGGGAGGAAAUUCAGAAACAACAGCAUGUCUGAGCCAGUUGGUUGCUCGAGUUUUUCGCUUACUAGUGUGGUGGUAGCUUCUUCGAAGUGGAUAGUCGAAAAAGGUUUAACAUAACUGGCGCAUCCUCUAAUGACCGGGCAGCAGAUCCGACGGCCAGGAUACCCGCACAGAACUACUUGCAGUACUCCCGGUUGAGUGAAAGAACAAGAGCGAUAGAACAAAUUCCAAAGCUUGCGUUUUUUAUUUUAAAUGCAGUGUAAAUGGCUACAUUAAGCUGCGUCCACUUGUGUGUUUCAUUGUUUGAACUUGCUUCUUAGGUUGCGUAGUAUUCGUGAAAGUCAAUCGCGUAAUAGGAUGCUUUGAGGACGAAUGCGAUUGAGUAGGUAGCUUCUCACUUACUACUCAGAGUUAUUUCUGUUUUUCGAUUAGCAGAGAGGAUGAUCUACCAGAAGGAAUAUUCUAACCUUAGCGAUGUUCGUCGAAAAUUUUAGAGAAUUAGGAAGAGCGUCGUGAGAUAGAACUAGAGCGAGGGAUCGUACUGGCCAUGAAAACCCUAGAAACUCAAGAAUGAUGUUAAUUGAAGACUGAAGAGCGUGAGGUUACUACGCAACCUAAGAAACAAGUUCUACUCGUAAACAAUGAAACACACAAGUAGCAUUUUAGGUAUUUCCUAGACAGGUCGGUCGUCGCGUGCAGCUCAAGCGCAGCUCGGUCUAGUAAGGUAAAAUCAGUUUCGGGGUUUUCAUAGUCGUGAAUGCUCACCUCCUCGAGGCGAGCAAAUUCCCAUCCCAUCCCAACACCGAUGCUUCAGGCAGUACGUUGUGUGAUCGUGAAAGUCAAUCGCGUACACUCUCUGGAUAAGAAUGUUGAUUACAACUGAAACAAGAUGCCAAAGGGAAGAGUCUAGCCGGACCGCGGUUAGGAAGGCACUCACGCUCUUCUCCCAUCUCUGGAGUCUUCAGUUGUGAGUGAUUUUGAUUUCACCUCAUUAGGUUGUACACUUUCUCGGCCUGUCUAUGACCGUCGCAGGAAAUGUUUCGUCUUGCCGGUGAUUAAACAUGAUCACUUGAGACGCCGGCGAUUAGAUCUGAUCACUGUUCAUUGAGGCGGUCCGGCUAGACUCUUCCCUUUAGAAUGAAUGAACCAAAGGGAAGAGGCUAGCCGGGCCGCCUACAGCUAGUACACAGUACCACCAGCGAUCAUCGAGUUUGGUUGUUACAGGUACAUCCGCAAAUGAGGAAGCAGUAACCUAAGCGCUAGAGACACUGAGAUGCACCGCAAAUAAGUAAGUUGCGUCCCUCUGGAAAAAAGAAGAUAAAAGGAGAGCUUAAACAAAAAAUAAGCAUCAAAAGCUUGAUCCGAUCA